AUGAAUAAGUGUGUCAAAGUUAUUUUUGCCGGACUACCAUUUCUCACCUUUGUUUUUACCUUGUGGGUUGUGUAUGUAAUUGCUGCAGGUGUACACAAUUUAAAUGUGCACUUCCUAAUUUUAAUUUUUGCUUUGUUUGAAGUGUAUCUCAAUUGGAUUGCAAUUUUGCUUGCAAAUAAAAACAUUUCAAAAAGAGUGAAGCAAGAUAUCUAUCGUAAUGUUGAUCAAAUGGCACCUGUGGAGUUGGAAAGCAACAGUAAGAAAAUGCUUAAUGGACAAGAUGUAUGCAUUUCACUUACAGACAGUAACUCAAUUGAGUGUUCACCGUUGCCACCAUUAAAGUCUGGUGUCAACCUUCAGAAGAUGUGGUUCUGUCCAAAAUGUCAAUUAACCUCUCCUCAAAAUUGUUACCACUGUCCCUUGUGCAGGAAAUGCAUUAUUUUGAGGGAUCAUCAUUGCUUUUUUCUCGGGGCUUGUAUUAGUAAACAAAACCUUAGUCAUUUCAUUGUGCUUUGUUUAUAUGCAUCAGUAGUUAGUUUUUCUGCCUCUGUAAUUGUACAUUCACAGUUGAAAGUCAUUUUCCAAAAUACUCUAUCUCAGCCACAGUUGUGGGUCAUGGUGAGGUAUUUUUUCCCAGUAUCACUUGGUCACUGGUUGUCUGGUGCUGUCAGUUUUCAUACCCUUUCAUUGGUAUCUGUGUUUGAUUUGUGUGUUUCCCUGUCCGUCUCAACAUUGUGCUUUGGGUUGUACUACAUCCAUCUAGUAGCAACAGGGAAGAUGGAGCAAAAACUUAAUUCACGUGUGUUUUUCGGUACACCUCGACUGAUACAUGGGAAUAAUUUUGCACGUAACUUAACUAAUGUUUUCGGGGAUUGUGGGAUUGUGAACUUGUUUUUCCCUGUUGCUGCAUUCAGUCAAUUCUUCUCGUUAAAGAAGCUCAGGCUGCCAAUACUCUGCAACGAUUACAAAUUUCACUAA